AUGGAAGAGCAGAACAACAUGGUCACUAACUCCCAGUCUCCACAGACUGAAAGUGCACCGAACAAUGAAGUAGAGACUUUCAUGGAGCCUGUACAAAUGAAUAUAGAGCCCAACCAAGAUUUAGAUCAAUCCGGGGCCCCCAUUGGAAGAGCAGAGCUAACAGGAACAGAUGUUCUUGUGAAGAGGAAGAGGGGUAGGCCGAGGAAAUAUGAAAUGGUUGGUGAGGAGGGAAAUGUGGUGGCUUUAGUAUCAGCAUCACCCGGUACAUAUUCGGGUUCAUAUUCGGAGAGCUUACCGAAACGAGGAAGAGGACGACCUAAAGGUUCCGGUAAAUUGCAGCUCUUGUCUCCCCGUGGUGGGUUGUCUGUGGAUCAGGCUGGAGGAGGGUUUUACACUCAAGUACUGACUGCUGAGACUGGAGAGGAUAUUGUUCAUAAGAUACUUUCAUUAUCUGAAACGAAUCCUCGAUCACUUUGCAUUCUUACUGCUACUGGUGUGGUUUGUAGCGCCGUCAUACGCCAACCUAGUUCUUAUACCGGUAUUUUGAGAUUCAAGGGCCGCUUUCAGAUUCUCACUCUAUCUGGAUCAUUUGUAUACGAUGCAACGCAAAAUCGACAAGUAAAAAAUGGUAUGUUAAGCGUUGCACUCUGCCAUCCUGAUGGGAAUAUUUUUGGUGGUGCUGUUGCAGGCGCAUUGAUAGCUGCUGAGCCUGUUCAAAUCAUUGCUACUAGUUUUCUGCAAGAAACCAGCACCAACACCAGCAAGGAAUUGAAAAGGAGGCACCCAGCGGAAUCUUCUACCUCGACUAGUAUGCUAGGCAAUUCAUCAUGCUUGGCAAUGGUUCCCUUACUAAUGCCUCCACCAACAAUAGUUCAUGAUGAGAGUUGCAUUUCGCCUACAUCUGCUCUCUUGGAAUUUCCAUCCCAUAGUGGAGCGGGUAACGUCAUUGCUGCAAACCAUAACAUGAACCCUGCUACACUUUCGGGUUUUGGUCAGAAUGCCUUGCUGCCAGAUCCAACAUCUCCUCACAUUGAGACCUUUAUUCCUCAGCCAUAA